AUAUAAAUGCAGCUCGUUGCAUGUUCAGUGACUCCUACCUGCCUUCUUCUAAGGUGUUAAAGAGUUCUCAAUUAGGAAUCUCUGCAGCUUCAAGCUCCAACCCUACUCUCAAAUUCAAACUUCAAUAAUGACUGCAGAAUCUGAGGUAUUUGUGUAAACCUGCAGACACCUCGAAUAACAGAGCUCCAUGUAAGGAUGGACUGCAAUGGUUGCGAGCACAAGGUCAGGAAGACCCUGCGUGCUAUUGAUGGUGUUAGCGAAGUAUACAUAGAUCAAGGAAAUCACAAGAUCACGGUGGUCGGGAUGGCUGACCCUGAGAGGAUCGUCAAGGCCAUCAGGAAGACCAAGAGGGUCCCAACUAUCUUCUCACACAAGGAUCCCGCAGCCGAGGCUCAGCCUCCACCUUCCGAAGGGGAAGCUCCACCACCAGCCGACCCACCAGCCGACGCCCCUCCGGAAGAGGCAGCUCCAGCUGAGCACACACCGGAGACCAAGGAGGCACCACAGGCAGAAACGCCGACCAUGGAUGCCAUCAUGGUAAACAAGAUGCGUGACUACCCAUAUGGGGACGGCCACCACCUGUACAGGGAGCACUGGGCGAACCACCCCAUGGGCAUGCCUCGGGUCAGAUAUGAUGCUGCACCUGACCAUGUAACACACAACUACAGCCACCACAGCACGAGCCCUUUCAUAGCCGAGUACAGCUACAGAGGCUCUCCUGAUCAAGAAGGAAGGUACUACUACAGCUAUAACUACUACCCAGGCGGAGGCAAAGGAGAUGGCAGCCAGAUCACUUCAAUGUUCAGUGAUGAGAACCCAAACACAUGCAGCAUAGUUUGAUAUCCAUAGAGGUGAUCUAAGAAAGGAGUUUGUUUCUGCAGAACCUUCAUGUGCCAUAGAAGGUUGUGCUGAGACAAGUGAUGUAUGCUUUGGCAUGCAAAAAGGGCUAGUGUUUAGUUGUAA